UGGUUCUGUUUGUUUUUUACAGGUUAGGGCAGCAAUGGGAGUUGAUUACAGCUAUACACAGCCAUCAGAAUCCGAGCAUUAUGAUGGGAACACAGAAGAGAGUGCCUACAGUGAAACAGAUGAGCUGAUUCGUCUUGAUCAAGCAGAGCUAAGCUACAAUUGCCCUGAGCCGCACCAGUACCCUCCACAACCGGAGGUGGAAUUCGGAUUCCCCCAGAAGUGCUACUGUGGUGGUGAUCCUCUUCUGGAAACCUGUUACACCCGAAAUGAUCCCGGUAGAAGAUUUUACACUUGUGAGAAUAGGGAUGAUGGCGACUGUCAUGUUUGGAAGUGGUGGGAUGUUGCGGUUAUGGAGGAGAUGAGAGCAAUGGAUGGACAGACGCGUGAACUGGCUCAAAAGGUUGAUUCUCUUACCCAAAUGAGUGACCAUGAAACAGAGCAGAAGCUGGCUAACCUAGAGAUGAUUGUUUCUGAGCUAGGUAACAAGAACCAGAGGUUAACCAAUCGCUUUGAAAUGGUUCUUGCUGCAGUGGGAUUUCUUUUAGUGGUAAUAGGUAUGGUUCUAAUGUUUAAGUAAGUCCAUCGUCAAACAUGGUUGUAAUGUAAUGUUUUUAGUGGGAUUUCUUGUAUUAUUAUGGCCUUCUUUCUCUCUUGUAUUAUUAUGGCACUCUUUCUAGAUUAUCAGAACUUUGUAUUAUUAUUAUCAAUGCAGAACUUUGUAUUAUUAUUAUGGCAGUC